AUGACAUUCAAUGAAAAGAGCAGUGAAAUGGAAUUGCAAAAUGAGUCCGAUCGCUUAUUAAUGGCGAAAAUGGUAAUCAAAAUGGCUGACAUCAAUAGCCCCACCAAACCGUAUGCUCUUCAUCGGCAAUGGACUGAUCGAAUCUGUGAAGAAUUCUAUGAACAGGGUGACGAAGAGCGAAGGCGAGGCAUGCCAAUCACUCCCUACAUGGACCGUGAUGAUGCUCAAGCUGGGCUUCUGCCUAUUUUGCCAGGUUUAGUCGAACCUGAGAUGAUUAUCAAUCUCAAGCAUAACCAUCAGAAAUGGCUGCAAGAAAUUGACACCACGGCGGCAGAGGCAGUGCUGGGAAACGGAGUGAUCGAGGAGGAAAGUUCCACGAGUGACAGCCCUGACAAUCGAAAGUGCAGUCCAUCACUGGACUCAGAAGUUGAGGAGCAGUUCGACAUGUGCACUAUUCAAGAACAUGACGAAGAAGAGUAUCUGUAG